AAAACAAUAUUGAGCAGCGCUAACAGUACAUCCAACAAAUCCACAUUAAAAUGAAGUUUAGCGGUCAGGAAGGAAAUGGGUUUAUCAGCUAACUGCAUACAAGUCUUGGUAAACAAGUCACAUCUUGUCUGUUUUUUAUAAAGUUAAGCUGCUUAUAAAGUACGUUUACUGAUUUCAGUUCAUCGUAAAAAUCAAGUAUGUUUACUAGUGCGACACUCAUGUUUAUUACAGGAUGCAUUAUAAAUUCACAAAUAGUGACUGGUGGAUCAAAGAUAACUGUCAAACAAUAUCCUCAGGAGAUCAGAAGCUCGCAUGGUGCAAGUGUGGCCAUAACAUGUGAAUUUAAUUACCAAGGGAAAGUGCCAUUCCAAACAGAUGUGUCCUGGUUUAGGAGCCACAAUAGAACAAUUAAUCAUUCCUCAAAAAAUGAGAAGAUUUCAACUACAGACAAUUUGCAUAUAUAUGUUUAUGGCAACCACUCCAAGUGUUUUACUAUUUUAGUCAUACAAGACCUCCAGCUCAAUGAUACUGAUAAAUACUUCUGUGAAGUGCUACUUAUUGUUCCCCCUCCAAUAACCAGCCGAGGAAACGGAACCAGGCUGAUUGUGUAUGAUCCAGAAGAGUGUCAAACGCAGAAAUGUCCUUGGUUGAAGUACUUUUUCAUAGCUCUAAUUGCAUGCGGGGGUGUAGUCGUAGCUGUGUUAUUAAUGAUCUGUGCAAAACAUUGUUGGGGCACAGUGAGAAACAAAAUGACGUGUAACCCUACUGAUGAGAAGAACACCGUGUAUGAAGACAUGACACUUGUAAAGUCCUCACAAAAAGGGAGUCAGCUGCCUGCUAGAAAACAUGCAGCGUGAUUAGGGUAAACUGUUAUUAUUAUUAUUAUUUUUUUAAAUAUGUACUGCAAUGAUGUAUAUUAUGUAAUGAUCUCCCAACUUAACCAAUUGUUAAAUGUCUUGGCUUCAUAAUUGCAGCACUUUGAUGGUGGCAGAAAUGACAACAUAUUACAUAUGGAUAUAUUUUUUUGUAAAGUGUUACUAAUUUUGCUUAUAUAAUAAAUGUAUGUACUGGUACUGUAUAUUACCAAGCAAACUGUAAUCAUGUCUUCAACCAGAACUAACGGAAGGAUAUCUUGAUGAGGCUCUUAAGGCUUAUGUUAAAUAAGAAUUAUUACUGAUUGUUUUUGUUUAAAAAUACAAAUAAUAAUAAUUUAAAAAGUUGGAUCGUUUGGCUUAAUAUUUUUUUAAUAAGUAAUGUGAAUGAAACGGUUACAUCUUUUCUGUACACAUUUGGACAGUUGGGUAAUAUAGCUCUUGUCAUUGCUAUAUAUAGAAUAUUGCAUAAGGCGCUCUAUGAUACAAACCUGCAAUCGGUUAGAGCAGCUGCCCAUGAGUGGCUUUGUCAGAGAGUACUUUCUAGCAGCUAUGACCUUGAGCGGGAUGAAAAUCAACUUGUAUUAUACACAGUACUGUACUGUGCAAUUGUGCUGUACAACUUCAAUUUCAGUUACUGUAUUUUAAUCUAUUCUGGAGCGAUCCACAUACGUUUCAGAUAUUGCAAACUGGAGGUAGGCAAUGAAAUAUUACACCAAAAAUGGAGUUGUUGAUUUGCGCCUCUAUAUAGUGGAUACACUCCCGCACUGCACUGGCAGUACUUCAAACUGAUUUUAUUAUCAAACUGUACAAACAAGUCCAAACAGCAGAGAUGGAACAAAUUGUGAUGAGUCCUUUACACUGUUAUAAUGGAUUUAUUAGUGUUAAUCCGUUAAAUAUUGUAAAACAUAACACUUUAAAAUAAAUUCAAACACAGCAAUGGCCAAAUGUUUUGCAUCACCUAGAAUUUUAGGAUUGAGACAUCAUUUAAAAAAAAAAAAAAAACUAUAUGAAGAUAAUUUAGAUCUUUUAUUUAACAUCAUGCAAUCCUCAAACUGAAAUUAAUCCUCAAAAUGAACACAGUAGGGAUUCAAGGAAAUGCAUGCACAUGGAUUAGGGAGUGGUUAACAUGUAGAAAACAGAAAGUACUGAUUAGAGGAAAAACCUCAAAAUGGAGCGAAGUAACCAGUGGUGUACCACAGGGAUCAGUAUUAGGUCCUCUGCUAUUCCUAAUCUACAUUAAUGAUUUAGAUUCUGAUAUAGUGUGGCAGCAGUGUGGAGUAGUGAUUAGAGCUCUGGACUCUUGACCGGAGGGUCUUGGUUCAAUCCCAGGUGGGGGACACUGCUGCUGUACCCUUCAGCAAGGUACUUUACCUAGAUUGCUCCAGUAAAAACCCAACUGUAUAAAUGGGUAAUUGUAUGUAAAAAAUAAUGUGAUAUCUGUAUAUUGUGAAAUAAUGUAUAAUGUGAAAUAAUAUGAAAUCUUGUAACAAUUGUAAGUCGCCCUGGAUAAGGGUGUGUGCUAAGAAAUAAAUAAUAGUA